CGGUUUAUGUCUUCACCUUCACUCUCCGCAACUGCACAUCCAUAAAACCGUUCCUGCCAUGCCACUCCCUCGCAAAACCAAAUAAACUCACCUGCGAUGUUACCGGGAAUUCCACCGGCUCCACCACCGGAAAAUUAGCCGAUCAUUCGCUGGGAUCCUCACUGUAAUCACAAUGUCGUCGUCACCGCAGAGCGUAAAGCAGAGAGUCUUCGCAUGCCUGACCAAACUCUCCGACCGCGACACGCAGUCUCUCGCCGCUGCAGAACUCGAGUCCAUCGCUCGGUGUCUCGAUGCGGUCACCGUGCCAGCGUUCCUAUCGUGCAUGUACUCCACUGACGCGUCCGACAAGCCACCAGUCCGCAAGCAAUGCGUGCAGCUGUUAGGAUUCCUGGCGGAGACGCAUGGCAACAUGCUCGCACCGUACCUGUCUAAAAUUAUCGGUAGCGUUGUGCGGCGGCUCCGCGACGCGGACUCGUCGGUGCGAUCCGCGUGCGUGAGUUCGGUUGCGGCAUUGUCGCGGCAUGUCAGCAGGCAGCCGUUGCAGUCGUUCGUGAAGCCGUUGGCGGAGGCGCUGUUCACGGAGCAGGACCAGAACGCGCAGGUCGGAGCCGCGCUGUGUCUCGCCGCCGCGAUCGAUGGAGCUCCGGAUCCGGGCCCGGCCAGGCUGGCGAAGCUCCUGCCGCGAUUUGAAAAGCUUCUGAAGCGCGACGGGUUCAAGGCGAAGCCCGGGCUGUUGACGCUAGUGGGAAGCGUCGUCGCUUCCGGCGGCGCGUCCGGUCACGCGCCCUUGAAGAGUUUGGUCCCGUGCUUGGUAGAAGCGUUGAGCAGCGACGAUUGGGCCACGCGGAAGGCUGCGGCGGAGACUCUCGUGGUGGUUGCCAACGUAGAGAGGAAUUUCUUGUCGGAGUUCAAGGCCGAAUGUGUGAAAGUUUUUGAAAAUCGACGGUUUGAUAAGGUAAAGUUAGUUCGGGACGUUAUGAAUCAGAUGUUAGAAGCGUGGAAGCAGAUUCCUGAUGUUUCCGAUGAAGUUACGCCACCUCCUAAAUCGCAACCUUCUUCUAAAGAGAAUUCAAGUGAUGGACGCUAUCCUGCUGUCUCUCAAAAUUCAUGUAGUCCUGGUUCAGUGAUGGCCAAUCUGCGGAAGAAAAAUACACCUUUUAGCAGAUUCAGUCCAGCAGAUAGUUUUUCUGCUAGCAGUGCCAAGACUAGGAGUGCUUCAAGUGGCAACAACAAGAGAACGAGUUCAAUUGUUUCCCGAAAACUAAAUCAUAAAAAUUGGGAUACCCAAGUUGCUGUGGCUGAUCAGGGAGGUCUUCAGGAGAUGGAUGGAAUUGUUUUGGAAAGUAACAAAAUGGAUAAAAGCAGAUUUUCAAAGCCAGAAAUGAAAAGGGCACUGCUAUAUAGAGGUUCUGACGAUAGAAUACACAAGUAUGGUGGGUCCAAAGCUGGAUCUCGAGUGGUUCCAUAUCAUGAAGAAAGUCAAGACUCAGUUCCUGUCAGUGAUGUCUCUAAAGAUCUGCAUAGGAAUGACAAAGAGAGUGAAGACUUAUCGCUGAUCCGUGAUCAGCUACAUCAGAUUGAGAAGCAGCAGUCAAGUUUACUCGAUCUUCUGCAGAAAUUUAUGGGGAGCUCACAAAAUGGAAUGCGUUCUUUAGAGACUCGUGUGCAUGGCCUUGAGUUGGCAUUGGAUGAGAUCUCUUAUGAUUUGGCUAUAUCCAGUGGAAGGAUGACUAAAUCUGAUGUUCAUGGCAACACAUGUUGCAUGCUACCUGGAACAGAAUUUUUGAGCUCCAAAUUUUGGAGGAAAACACAUGGUCGGCAUUCAAUCCCACGGUUCUCUAGAUCAGGUGGCACUUCAUCACUUGCUGCCACGAACUCUCAAGCCGACAAGAAUGGUGAAACCAAGUUGACAAACCAUAGAUUUAGGCCGGAUGGAGGAUUCAUCACUAAUCCACUGGCAGAGAUUCAUGCAGAUUCGAGGAAUUUUGCUACAUCGGAGCUAGUUUAAAAAUGAAUGCACAAUCUAGAAUGCAAGUUUGAUCUUUUCAUUCUCUCUCAAUAUGGAAGGACCCCCUUGAUGGGAAUUACAAUUCAAUCAGAAUAUCUAAAUUUGUGGCACUAGAAUUCCAUCUGGUCUUGUUCCAGGUGAAGAAAGGCGUGAGCGGGCUGGACCAGCAGUGCAGAAUUUCAUUUGCAUAUUCGUGAUAAAUCUUUGGACAAGAACAGCAAAUUGGAGUGAGUUCGCGACUAAAUACCACACUAUUUUAAAUAAGGGUGAUUUUGUAUAUGUACAGAGAAAUGAUAGGCUGCUUUUUUUAUUUUAUUUUAUUUUAUUUUAUGAUUAUUGUGUUGCAUAAUUUCUUCGAGUUAUGUUAAAGGUUCUCUCUCUGCACUGGCAUGCGCUAUCGGCAUUUCAUCAUUGGAUAACAUUGUUUCUAUUCUUGUCUCUUAUACUUCAUGCUACUAUUUGUCUA